UGUCCGUGCCCGUGUCCGUGUCCGUGUCUGUCCGUGUCCGUGUCCGUGCCCGUGUCCCCGCCGGGCUCGGUGUCCCCGGGGGCCGGAGCAUGGCUUGGGGCGAGCUCGGGCUGCUCCGCUGGCUGCGGGAGAGCCGCCAGUCCCGCAAACUCAUCCUGCUCAUCGUCUUCAUCGCGCUGCUGCUGGACAACAUGCUGCUCACCGUGGUCGUGCCAAUAAUUCCCAGUUACCUUUACAGCAUCGAACACGAGAAAAAUGCCACAGAAAUCCAGACCACUAAGCCUAACCCACCCUCAGCAACGAUGGACAAUUUUCACAGCAUCUUUUCCUACUACGACAAUUCCACCAUGGUCACUGGAAAUGAAUCUGGGGAGAGCCAGCACGGGGAGCUGCAGCCGACCCCGACAGAGCAGAUGGUUGUGAGUGUGACCCCUGCCCCCUCUGACUGCCCCAAGGAUGACAAGGAGCUGCUGAAUGAGAACGUUCGAGUCGGUCUCUUGUUUGCUUCCAAAGCAACAGUGCAGCUGAUGACCAACCCCUUCAUAGGGCCUCUGACAAACAGAAUAGGCUACCAGAUUCCGCUGUUUGCUGGCUUCUGCAUCAUGUUUGUUUCAACAAUCAUGUUUGCCUUCUCUGGAAGCUAUGCAUUACUAUUUAUUGCCAGGUCCCUUCAAGGAGUGGGUUCCUCAUGUUCUUCUGUGGCAGGGAUGGGCUUGCUUGCCACUGUCUACACAGAUGAUGAAGAGAGAGGCAAUGCAAUGGGAAUUGCACUUGGAGGCCUGGCUAUGGGAGUAUUAGUGGGCCCCCCUUUUGGGAGUGUCAUGUACGAGUUUGUGGGGAAGAGCUCUCCUUUCCUGGUGCUGGCAGCCCUGGCUCUGUUUGAUGGAGCUGUUCAGUUACUUGUUCUGCAGCCCUCCAGAACACAGGCAGAAAGUCAGAAGGGGACACCUUUACUGACACUUUUGAAGGACCCAUAUAUCAUUAUUGCAGCAGGAUCAAUCUGUUUUGCAAACAUGGCUAUUGCUAUGCUUGAACCUGCUUUACCCAUCUGGAUGAUGGAGACCAUGUGCUCAAAAAAAUGGCAGCUUGGCGUUGCUUUUCUUCCAGCCAGCAUCUCUUAUCUCAUUGGGACAAAUCUUUUUGGGAUACUUGCGCACAAAAUUGGAAGGUGGCUUUGUGCUUUGCUCGGGAUGCUAAUCGUGGGAAUAAGUAUUUUAUGUGUACCGUUUGCUAAAAACAUUUAUGGGCUCAUAGCACCAACGUUUGGGGUUGGAUUUGCCAUAGGGAUGGUGGACUCCUCCAUGAUGCCAAUCAUGGGCUACCUGGUGGAUCUGCGCCACGUGUCAGUCUAUGGCAGCGUGUACGCCAUAGCCGACGUUGCCUUUUGCAUGGGUUUUGCCAUAGGUCCCUCUGCUGGUGGUGCCAUUGCCAAGGCCAUUGGAUUCCCAUGGCUCAUGACAAUUAUAGGAAUUGUGGAUAUCCUCUUUGCUCCCCUGUGCUUUUUCCUUCGAAGUCCACCUGCCAAAGAGGAGAAAAUGGCAAUACUCAUGGACCACAACUGUCCCGUGAAAACAAAAAUGUACACCCAGAACAACAUCCAGUCCUACCCCAUAGGUGAAGAAGAGGAGGAAUAUGAAAGUGAUGAAUAAUAGAAAAGCCAUAUAAUAUAUUUAGGUGUACAAAAUGCUGUGGUUCAUGUGAAACAUCUCAUCCAGAAAUAGGUUUUAGUUGUACUGUAAAUUUAAUAGUGAAAUUGUCAAAAAAAACCAAAGGUAUAUUAUUUAUUGCCCGUGACUAUACAGCAGACUGCAAACCGCCUUACAGGGGGGAAAGAGCUUUUAUAGACCAUUUGUACAGUGUUACUCUUUGUGUAUUUAAUUUAAUUGAAUAUUAGACUAUUUUUUAUUAAAUGUGUAGUAAAAAUCUGUAUAAAAUGUGAAUUUUAACUAUUUGGUUUUUAAAAUCACCUCCUUGACAGUAUUUCAUACUUUAUUUGGAGUUACAGGUUACUGUCAAACUUGAGUUUUUCUUAUUUAAUUGGAAACUUAAAAAAGCAACCCUCAAAGAAAAGCUAUCCAGUUUGCAUCCUUUUAAGUGCAUUGAGAGGAGAUGGAACUCGGAGUACGGACAGCGCUAUCACUUUUUUCAUCAACUUCAGGUUGUAAUAUAUCUAAAAAACUAAAUAAGAGGCACAACUUCUCUGCCAGUUUAAAUAGUGAGUUCUCCCUGAACCAGCAAUGUUGAGGAAAACAUGGUUGCUAAACAGAUGAGUGUAUUGCUAUUAUUGGUAUUUAACAAAGUUUUAAUUAAGCAGUUGUGCAAUAUGAAGCCCCCCAAACUCACACCACCAGGUAAACAAGUCUGUAUGAACAUGCACUGUUCCUUUCCCUUAGCCGGGAAUGUAACAGCAUGAGGAUAUUUUUAUAUUUCUCUUUUGCAUCUUUCACCAUAUUUCAACUUUAUUUUAGCUGCAUCUACAGUGAGUGGCCAGGAAAAGCUGCAGUAUUACAGUAUUUAGUCGCAGCAUGUACUGAAAGUGAGCUGCGAACUGGAACAGUUCAACUGACUCUUUUACAUGCAUUUAUAUAUACACCUAAAAAUUCAAUGUACAUUUAUUUUGUUAAAUGAGUUCAAAUAUACUCUUUGCUUAAAAAAAUGGAAGCAAAGCCACUUUGUUGCCACUCUCUUAACAUUGGAGGACACAGUCCAAUACAGGUGAUGUAUUGUAUUACUCAGCCCCUGCCUGCACUUAGAAAAAACAAGACUUGGAAAACAAAGCGUUUUAAAAACAAUCCCAAUGUCCUUCUCAGCCAUGGUGUAUCAUUUCAUUUGUAAAAUGAAAAAUCUUUAUGUGCCUUCUCUUAUGUAAUUGCAGAUGUUUUAUGUACUACAGCAUAAAUACUAUGUUUACAUAUAGUUUUGUAAAGCGUAUAUACUAUGGUCAAAAAAUAUGAAAAAUAUAGUGGAUCAAACUUCAAGUAUUGCUCUGUCAAUAAUUAUGCAUUCAGAACACAUCAAAAUAAAGUUAUCUGACAGAAGUUCAUGAUCUAUUGUAAUAAAGUGAGAAAAGAAAAAAGAAUGACCCCCCAGCCCCAUGAUUCGCCUGCAGUGUGCUUUACCAGUGUGAGGGAAGCACUUCUCAGAGCUCCUUCAGACACCAAGGUUCUGUCCUGUGAUGAAUUCUUCACCAAGUAAUAAUUGUGCAGAUCAGUGGCUGUUUACAUUAGGCUCAGAUUUUACUGUGAUUUGCACACUUGGAACUUUGCCCCAAGAGCUGUUAUUCUAUUCCACUGAAGUCUUUUGGUCAACAUCAAAUUGUUAAUCUGCUCAAAUUUGGGACUGAAAUACCAAUGCAAGAAUUCUAAAUUAUUACAGGACGUGUUCAUCUUUUUGCCAGCUGAUCAACAGCGGAUUUCUUGAACUCACAAGUAUAUAAUUCAAACUUAGCAACUCACUUUUUUUUUUUUAAUAAAGCACUGAAAGGCUUUCUUCAUGGCUUUGUUCUGUAUUUUUGAGCACGUCAAAACUAAGGAGUUUGCAUUAAUCUGCAACAUGAGUAUGAGGAGGAGACCCAAGGAGAGAUUAAUGGAUCACAAUCCUCUGCUGCAGCUGGAGCCAGGUUUCUGCUGGGCCUUAGGGAGCAGCAUCCUCCCAUGAUUUGCUGAGAUCAGUGCAGUGCAGUGGCUCCUCUGCUAUUGCUCCACUCCUGCUCCACCAGAAGAUGAUGAUUAAUUAAAAUCCACACAGACACUCUCAUGUUUGGAAUCUCUGGGCCACCUUUCCCCCCACUCCCAAAUAAAAACUUAGCAGUUGUU